AUGCCUUUUCAGGGUCGGCGCCGGCGCUGUAACAUUCCGUUAAGGUUCCUUGGUGACAGUGUUCAACAAAGGGAGAAGUCUCACGUACAACCCUUUGAUGGUCCUUACUUGAAACUCGUAGAUUUCUCGAGCAAUAAAUUUGAAGGAAAGAUUCCAGGCACCGUUGGGAAUUUGUUAGGGCUUUCGUUUCUUAACCUCUCCGACAACAUUCUCACGGGUAACAUACCAUCAUCUUUAGGGUACCUCACACAACUUGAAUCUUUGGAUCUCUCUCGAAACCAGCUUUCAGGAGAGAUACCAAACACUCUAGCACAACGACGUUACCUUGCGAUGUUUAAUGUAUCCCACAACCAUCUUACGGGGCCUAUACCAUAUGUAAACCAGUUGGCUACGUUUUACAAUAGUUCUUACCAAGGAAACUCGGGUUUAUGUGGAGACCAUUUGUCAGAGAAAUGUCAUGAAGUUUCUGAGAAUGAAGAAAAUCAUCGAGACCCUGGUUUUCCCAUUGAAUAUAUGGAGAGAUUUAAGCAACUGCAGAGAGCUAAGGAGAUGAGGGAGGAGAGAGAGCUCUUGAGGCAGCUCAUAGCCGAAUCUGCGGAGAGGGCUAAUCAAACUCAUCAAGCCGCCGCACAUUUUGAGCCGAAGGAGUUGGUGUUUCAAUCUGAAAUGACAGGCUCUCAGUGUAAGCAACAACCCCAAGUCUCAAUGUAUCUCCAACCCAGUUACUUGCAGAGCAAGCAAAAUUAUCAAGCAGCCAUGCGCAGACCGAGCAAACUUGAUGAUUCGGAUGUGGAUACUUCUCUUCACCUUUGA